CCUGGGUUGAUUGCGCACACCUGUUGAACUUCAGUGACAUGUGCAUAGGUUUAUUGACCCGAGGGAGUUCUCCAAGUUUUGACGGACUGAUUGACAAUGGAGACUCCUCUCCACUUGACUAUUGUUCUUAAUUACCCGACCUCUAUUUUACUACUCUUGAUCGGCGGCUUUUCUCUUGGAUCGUCCCCGACCACGUCAAAUCUAGCUGACGAGUUUGGCGAUUUUACUUUGUACCAACAUGGCAAUAUCUUGUCACCCCUUCUGAAGGCGCUGACAGCACAGGGAGUUCCAUGGCAAGACACGGCCCCAAGAAUGAAACCUGAUUCGAGAUAUGUUCGAUACAUGAAAAGACUGUACAGGAUGUCUUCGAGACAUGAGAGGAGUUUGGAAGGGAACAACCACCUGUACAACACAGUUCGACUUAUAACCCCGCGGGGUGAGUGCCUGGAGCAAAGCAAAGAGUUCUUCAUGCAACACCUCUCCUACAAUCUGGACCGUGUCAGAGUCAAGGAGCAGCUCCUAAAGUCUGUCCUGCUGUUCUCCUUCGACCAAGAGCAGGCCUUGUCCAUGACUACCCAAUGUUACCUAGAUGUGAAAGAGCAGGCUGCCCAGGAUCAGUGUCUUCUCUGCCCCAGCACCCAUCACUCAGUCAACUUCCUGUUCCACACGGACCGCAGGAGGAAGUGGGUUGAGGUGGACCUCACGGCGUUCCUCCGACCUCUCAUCCAGUCCCACAAGAAGGACAUCCAUUUGCUGAGCAACCUGACGUGUGUGGAGGGCAGAGGCAGGGAGGCUAAGGCUGGAGGAGAGAAGAGGAGCGGUAGGGGCCCCGUGGAGCUCCACCUAAGGUCUCCGUCCUUGCUCCUGUACCUCAAUGACACCAGCGAGCUGGCACACCAAAGAUGGCUGCCCACCAGGUCACAAGGUCAUCCGAGGUCAGCCAAUGAGAUGGACACCUUUGAGAGCCUGGCGGAGUUCAAACCAGAGCAAAGGAUCAGCCGGAGCAAGAGGAGAAGACUGAGGAGAGAAUCUCCAGAUCUGUUGAUGAACAACGCACGAGGCAAAACGAGCCCGAAGACCAUCCUCCCGGACCUCCUCCCGAGUUCUGACUUCCCUACGAGCGACUGUGCUUUGUACGACUUCAGAGUGAGCUUCAGUGAGCUCAAACUGAGCCAUUGGAUCAUUUUCCCCCACAGGUACAACCCCAGGUACUGUAAAGGCACCUGUCCCAGGGCUGUGGGGUUCAUCUACGGCUCCCCCAGACACACCUUCUUCCAGAACAUGAUCUACCACAUACUGGACUCCUCCGUGCCACAGCCUUCCUGUGUUCCCUUGGAGUACAUCCCCCUGAGUGUUUUAACCCUUGAAGGUGACUCCAUUGCCUACAAGGAGUUAGAUGAAAUGAUCGCUACGAGGUGCACAUGUCGCUAAAGGCCCACCUCCAGGGUCCGGCUCAAUUCCAUUUGAACUUGGUGUAAAAACUGAACAAUCUCAACUGAAAUUCCAAUUGUUCUCUAUACUUUUCAAUGUAAAAAAAAAAAUCCUAUCGCUCGGGCUGAUCUUCUUCGUUCUGGAAAUUGACUGAAUUGAAAUGGAAUUGACCCCUACCUCACUGUUUUACCAGCCUCAACACUUUGACUGUUAACCUACCUUCUGCAUCAACUGCCGUUAGACUUAUUCCAUCCUCCUCAAGCGCUUGACUUUAGCAACUUUCGCCUAUAGUAACAUCCUGGUCUGGGUACUUCAUGUCAAGUCAUCAGUGUCUUUGUCAAAACAUUAGUACGUGGAGUUAGAGAUUUUUUUUAUAUCUAGAACAGAUGCAGAAAAUAUGGCAUUGAUUUCCUUUGUUUACAUGUUUAUGUGAUUGGCAGGAAUGUUGUGAAGAUGUCCUAUCCCUGCACUUACUGUCUGGUUUGUUUGUUUUGUUUGUGUUUUUGCAUUGCGUUGACACAUGAGAACAUGGAUUGAUUUUUAAGUUAUUAUUUUUGUUUAAUUUAUUUUGGGUGUUCUGCCAUCUUUAGUCUCUUCUUUCACACUAACUGGUACAUCUGUUCUGGACAAAAUAUU